AUGCCUCGGUCACGGGAAACCGUUCAUUUUUUGCUCCCGCCGGCAGACGACUCUGCCGGCCGGGACCCUCUACCGGAACCCUUGCCUGGCGGCCCGUCGCCGACGGCUUGCCGGCCGCCAUCCGGCCCCAGCAGCGCCGCGCCGGUCGUUUCGCCACCCGUGGCCGCAUCGUCGCUACCGUCAGCGAAUUUCGCCGCUGUGCGACAUCGCAGGGUGUCUAUGGACCUUUCUAAGACUCCGUCGCCCAUGCAUGUGACGGGAGCUAGCCAGGCUCCCUUACUCGCAAGCGCAGAGGGAGCGCGACUGAAGAGCAUGAAUCGCACGACGGGCAACCGCAGCCGGGCGGUGCCGGUGCGAGGCAACGACCUCACCAUCUCUGCACCCUCGUCCCGCCUCAAGCACGACCUGCGCCAUGUUCACUUUGACUCCAAGCACGACCUGCGCCAUGUUCACUUUGACUCCAAGCCUGUGCUGGGCGCGCUCCGAACAAAACUCGAGUCAGCAAAAGACAAAAUGGACGCAGAGCUUCGCUGCUUCUGCCUCGACAUAUUCCACCCGCUCUCCCCCCUCGCCCUCCUCCCCUCACACUCGCCUCUCCUCCUCCUCCCCGCUCACUCGCCCCCCUCGCCCUUUCCCCCCCAGUCCUCCGCCCAGUCCCCCCUCCCCUCGCCUAUGUGUCCCUCGGACUCCCCCUGUACCCCUGUCACGCCUGUGCCCAGCAUUGCAGACGAUUUUGGGCGGCAGAGUGAGUCCAUUGUGCAGGAGCUGAACGCUGCCAGACAAGCCAUGCCGCCCGGAAGCCCGCUGCGCCAGCUCAUCAUGAAGCUGCUUUUUGUCCUGACCCGUUGCACGAGAUUGCUACAGUUCCAGAAGGAAGGAGGCGGUGUGGGCGGCAGGCACAGUGAUGGGGGGGAUGGUGGAGAGAUAAGGGCUAACAGCAUGGGGAAAGGAGGGGUUAGAGAAGAAGAAGAAAGAGGAGGAGAGGGAGGAGGAGGAGAAGGAGGAGGGAUGGGAGUUAGUAGUGACCCGGGUGGCACUGCUGAUGUCAGCACUGUUGGGGCAAGGCGAACAGGGGAUGUGGUAACUGCCAGACUGGUAACACCUGUAACACCUGGUGCAAGGAGCAGGAGGGCAGAGUUACAUGUGGUUACCAAGCAACCAGACGCACCCCUGGUUACCAGACUAUCCGACGGGCAAAUCCCAGUGGUCUUGGAAAAGGUGAGGCCUAGGCGAGUGGUGUUUGGAAGCGACUCACGGUGGGAGGAGGCUUUAAACCUGCAUCGGAGUGGUAAUAACGAGGAUGAGAGCAGGCAGAGUGGGAGUAAGAGGAGCAGUGCCGUUUGGAGUGGUUUGCCGGAGUUAGGAGGGUGGAGUGAUAGAUAUGAGGAGCAACAUCAACUGCAGAAGGAUGGGGAAUUGAAUGAGGCAGCAGCCGGGAGAGGAGGAGAAGUAGCAGAGGAGGGGAAAGUUAGCAUUGUUAGCAAGGGCCAAGAGGGAGAGCAGCAGCAGGAGCAGCAGCAGCAGGAGCAGCAGCAACCGAGACCCUCGUUACGUUCCGUCCGCUCGCGGUCCAGUUUCCACAGUCCUGAGCACAGACGAGUAGCUCUAGCUGCUGCCGCUGCUGCUGGUGCCGCUUCUGCUGCUGCUGGUGCGACUGGUGCUGCUGCUUCUGUUGCUGCUGGUACUGGUGCAGCUAUUGACGCUUCUGAUGGUGAUGCUGACGUGGUUGAUCGAGCCGCAGCAGCACUGGCAGCAGCCAUUGCAGCAACAGCAAAAACAGCCGGAGCAGGAGCAGGAGCAGGAGCAGGUGCAGCUGAGCUUGCAGCAUCAGCAGGAGCUGUGGGCCAAUCAGGGAGGAGAACCCCAACGCACACAGACGGCAGCAGCAGCACCAGCAGCAGGUCUCAAGGGAGGCUUGACCACGUGCUCUCACUCUCACUACCCUCCCUCUCCUCACUGCCCACGCUCUCCUCACUCCCCUCCCUCUCCGCUCUGCCCCUGCUGCGCCCCCCUCGACCGCCUGAUGGGAGUGGCAGGGGGCAAGUGGGAGCACAGGAGGCGAUGCGUAGUAGCGACGACAGGCUGUCGCCAGCUGACGUGUCGCCAGCUGGCGCGGUGCCAGCUGGGUUGGGUGAACAGCCCCUUGGGAUUGGGAUUGUUGACCUGUUGACCUCUGGGUUGACUGGGUCAGCUCAGGGGUUGACUGGGUCAGCUCAGGGGCUGACUGACAGGCUUUCACCACCAGGUGUAACGAGCGAAUCGUGGCUCGAUUUCACUCGAAGCUUCCAGGAGAUGUCUCAGGUGAAUCAGCAGGUUCAGGUGAACCAGCAUGUGCAGGUGGAGCGCAGUCGAAGCAGCGAGAAACUGCCACCAUCUGGCAGGAGGUUACAGCACUGGGGAGGAUCCUUCCAGGAAGGUGCCAGUGCUAGAGCUGCUUUGUCUGCCAAUAUCCUGAGUGGUGGUGCGGGUAUUGCUGCAGACCUUGCUGCAUGGGACCUGCUGCUGCUGCAGAGGAAGGGGAAGGAGCAGCAGCGGGAAGGGGAGUGGGAGGGGGAGAGGGAGGAGCAGUGGGACCAGCAGAAACGGGAAGAGGCGGAAGUCGCAGGGUCUAUAAUGCCGGGUUUUGCUGCCGUGCCUGCUGCUACUCCUCCUGCUGUUGCCGGUGCUGCUGCUGCUGCUGCUGCUGCUGCUGCUGUUACUCCUGUUGCUGUUACACGUACUGCCACGAUUGCUGCCACGCCUGCUGCUGCCCCUGCCCCUGCCACUGCUGGCCCUGACAGGGCCCGCACGCCCCCUCUGAUCCGCGCUGGCAGCUGGAAGCGGGGCAGCGGCCGUGUGUCCACAUGGGGAGGGACAGGAGCCUCAGUAGUAGCAGCAGCAGGAACAGGAGGAGCAUGGGGAGGGGCGGCAGCAGGGGAGGUGAGCCCGGGUCCGAGGAUGCUGACAGCGUCACUGAGUGGGCGACUGGGGGAGGUGCUACUGGCUGUGGAGCAGCAGGCUCAGCGGUUCUCCUGCUCUCCCGGCACCCUGGGACUCGCCCAGGGGGGUGUGGGCGGCCUUGAUGGCGUGCCGACUGUUCUGCCGACAGGUGCUGUAGCAGCGCUAGUUCACGGUGAGUCAAGUAUCUCUCCUCAGGGGAAGGCUGUGGGGGGUAGUGUGGUCGCCUCGCGACCUCCAAAUUCUCCUCAGAGCGUGAAAGAUGUGCAAGAGAGUGUAGAGCUGAAAGGUUCGCUCAUGGAUGGGGGGCUUGAAGAGGGUGGAAUGGAGGGAAGAGCAGAGGGCAAGGAUGUGACUGAUGGUGUGGUGGAAGAGAGGGUGGAGGAGAAAGGGUGGCAGGCGAGAGGGUACGCGAGGGGCCACGAGAGUGAGCAGGAGAGGGGUGCAGUGCGGCAAGGCGUGCAUGGCAAGUCAGGGUUAGGAUUAGGUUCAAGAGAGGUGGUACGAGAGAGCGGAGUGGGGACGUUGACAGAGGCAGAGAGAGAGGGUGCAAUAGCGAGCAGAGGGGAAAGAGUAGGGGAUUCAUUGGUGGAAGGGAAAGGUGUGAUUGGGGUGGUAGGAGCAGGAGACGUGCGAGAGGAUGCGUCUUUGGAAAGAGGAGCUGUGGUGAUGGGGCAUGAUGGCUCUGUUGGAAAAACACCUGAGGUGGCACCUGACAAGACACCUGAAGUGGCACUUGAAGUGGCACCUGAGGUUUCACCUGAGGGAGCGCCUGAGGGUGGUUCCCUUUCAUGUCCUCCGGAGGAGAUCCUUCACCUGCCGAUGGUUCGGAUGAGUCGAGGCAGUGACCUUACCACCCCGUUUCAUGCUCUGCUUCCCCUUGGUCAUGCUCCCUUUGCUGCUGUUCUGUCAAGCCACUCGGAUGCUGCUGUACCAAGCAGUGGUGGUGGGCUUGGCAGCACCUGGGACGGUGCUGCUGGUGAACUGGCAGCAGUGGGGGAAGGGAAAUGGAGGAUAGGAGAGCUGAGGGAGGAGCAGGAAGGGCAGGUGAAGGAAGGACAGGUGGAGCAAGGGCUGGUGAAAGAAGUGCAGGUGGAGCAAGAGCAGGUGGAGCAAGAGGCGAUGGGUGGUGAGACUGGGAGAGAGGCACUGUUGCAAGCGGCGGUUGCAGACGAGGGGAAGGGGGUGGUGGGAGUCCACGAGGAGGGGGAGGGGAAGGGGAAGGGGAAGGGGAAAGGGGAGGUGGAGGUGGAGGGGAUGAUGGUUGAAGAAGAGGCGGCUGAGGCCGUUGAAAAGUAUGCAGACACGGCGAAUAGAUCCAGCGAGUGGGAGAAGCAGCAGCAGCAGCAGCAGCAGCAACUGCAACAGCCGCCACCCCCGCGACAGCAGCAGGCGGCAGGAGCAGUGGGGGCGGGUGGAGUAGUGGGAUCGCGAGGAGCAGCAGGAGCAGCAGGAGCGGCGAGUGCAGGCGUGGAUGAGAGUGUGUUAUUGGAGAUAGUAAAGGAGAGGCUUAAGCUUGAGAGGACCAGCUCGGGUAAGCUGCUACCGUACAGGUACGGCUUCUGGGGGCGGUGUGAUAGUGCUGGGCGGCAGGAUAGCAUCCUGCGUCAGAAUAGUGUUGGGCGGCAGGAUAGCAUUGGGCGGCAGGACAGUGUCGGGCGGCAGGACAGUGUCGGGCGGCAGGAGGAUUGGAAAGCCAUAGUAGAGGAGUUGAAGGGCCGGCAAGAGACAGAUGACAUGUAUGGGGGAGAAGGGGAAAACCUACUAGGGAUGCGAGCAGAUGCAGGAGGCACGGAAAUAGCGUCAGGAUCUGCGAUGGGGGAAGGCAUAGGAGCACAUGGAGAGGCAGGGGAAGGGGCAGGGAUGGGAGCGGGAGCAGGGGCUGCGGCAGGGACAGGGGCCGGGGCGGGUGCAGGGGCGGGGGCGGGGGCGAUGGCAGGAGCAAGGGCAGGGGGCGGGGCGGGCACGGGGGUAGAGAGGGGAAGGGUGAGCAGAGGCACAUCAGCAAAGGAGAAUUCGGAGGAGGAAGCAGUGGUGAUGUGCCGGAUAUGCGAGGAGGAGGUUCCACUGCGGGACCUGCAGGAGCACUCGUGCCUCUGUGCCCUGGCCAACCGGUGCGACGACACGCGGUUACCGCUGGAUGAGCGGUUACAUAGGCUUGGGGUGGGGUUGGAUGCGGUGGUGGCAGAGCUGUCUGUGCGGCUUGAGGCGGCUUUUGCAUCUGAUGCUGCUGCUGCCGCUGCUAAUGUCUCUGCUGCUGCUGCAGCUGCUGCUGCUAAUGCUCCUCUUGCUGCUCCUGCUAUUACUGCUGGUGGUGAUGGUGGUGAUGCUGCUGCUACUGGUGAUGGAGGUGGUGCUGCUUUGGAGUCCACCCCCCAUGGCAUGAAGCCAGCUCAAAGCGACUGGGACUUUGCUGCUCAAGUGGAGCACAGAGAGAAAGAGGAGAACACAGAGAAGGAUGAGAAGGCACCUGGGUCUAUCAAGCUGAGUGUUGAGACGCAUCAGAGAUCCCUUGGUUCCCAUGAGUUGUUAGAGGAGCAGCCAGAGAAUGCAUUGCAAGAGGGGCCUGAGAGACAGGAGCAGCUGGGGAAGGGAUCGAAGGAGCAGGAGCUUUCAGAGGAGAAGAAACAGCGGCAUCACUUAGCCCAGAAGGCAUCAGAGGAACAGCAGUGUUUCGCCGAGGAAAGCUCGCAUUCUGCGCAGCAGCAGGAGCAGCAGCAGCUGAUGUCAGAGCAGGCAAAGCAGCAGCAAGCAGCAGCCACCCAUCCAUCAUUACUGCCGCCACCAUCAGCAUCGCCACCACAUGUUGAUCAAUUGCAGAGACAACCACCACAUCACCAUCCGCAGCAGCAGCAGCAGCAGCGGUCGCCCCUGUCAGUGCGCACCUCCCAGGCACACGGCAGCCCAUGGAAGCUGGACCUCGUGCCCCUCAUGAAACGCGCUGGCCUCUCCCUCUCCGCCUCCUCCUCCCCCACCCUCUCCCCCGCCACACGAACCGCCCUGUCCAACUCCUCCUCCCCGCUCCUCUCCCCUGCCGCCAAGCGAACAGGGCUAUCCAACCCCUCGUCCCCCAGCCUCUCCUCUGCUGCCAAGCGACUGGGUGGUCUUGCCAGUGCGUCCUUUCCCAGCCUCUCCCCUGCUGCCAAGCAACAUGCUCUCUCCAACUCCCUUCCUGUGCUUUCCCAGGCCGAACGCACGGUCAACGUCAGUCAACGCCAGUCAACGCCCAUGGGGCAGCAUGAGCAGCACGGGCGGGAGGCAGAGCAGCAGCUUGCCCGGGGGGGAGUCUUUGACAAGGAGAGGGGGCAGUGUGGGGGGCGACAUGGAGCUGUUGGGAGCAGUCACCUUGGGAGGCGACAUAAAGCUGCUGGGAGCGGAGCAGGUGCGGCUGUGGAGGAGAUUAACGUGGAGAUCAAUGUGCUGAACGAUCUGGCGGACAUAGCAGAGGAUGUGGGGGAGCUGAACGAUCUGGCAGACAUAGCGGAGGACGUGGGGGAGGUGCAGGUGGGGCAGGCGGACGCCCUCGCGCUGCUCUCCACCGACAUCCACGACCUCUCCGCCCUCCUGCGCUCCUACACUGAUGACACGCUGCUGCCUCUCACACCCUCCCUUCACUCUUCCUCUUCCCCGUGCUCACCCUAUCUCCUGAACGACCUAGCAGACAUAGCGGAGGACGUGGGGGAGGUGCAGGUGGGGCAGGCGGACGCGCUCGCGCUGCUCUCCACCGACAUCCACGACCUCUCCGCCCUCCUGCGCUCGCAUGCUGCGCGCUUUCCUUGCGUGCAGAUCUUCGGGCUGCGCAUCGCCAUCUUGUUGCAAGAGAAGUACCAACGCAUGUUGCAGCUUAGGUCCUAUCAAAGCGGGUCCGAAGCAGCAGCAGCUUCCCCCACCAGCAACCCCAGCGCCACAGGGGGGGCGUUCGCUCUCCCCCACUCACUGGGGAGCAUUGGCGGUGGGGGGAGCAGGGGAGGGGGUGGCGGAGGCGGAGGGGGAAUGGGAGAGAAGGAGCAGCGCACAACAAUUGAUGACUUUGAGAUCAUCAAGCCUAUCAGCAAGGGCGCGUAUGGGAGGGUGUUCCUGGCUCAGAAGCGGACGACAGGAGACCUGUUUGCUAUCAAGGUGCUGCGCAAGGCGGACAUGAUCCGAAAGAACGCAGUGGAGAGCGUGCAGGCGGAGCGCAACAUCCUUGCUUCCGCCAGGAGCCCGUUUGUGGUGUGCUGCUUCUACUCCACGCACUUUCUCUCCCCCUUCUCUCCCUUAUCCCUCCUACAGGUGCUCCGGAAAGCGGACAUGAUUCGGAAGAACGCAGUGGAGAGCGUGCAGGCGGAGCGCAACAUCCUCGCUUCCGCCAGGAGCCCGUUUGUGGUGCGCUGCUUCUACUCGUUCACGUGUCGGGAGAACCUCUACAUGGUGAUGGAGUAUCUCGAUGGCGGCGACCUCUUCUCCCUGCUGCGCGCCUGCGAGGCACUCGAAGAAUCCACCGCCUGCUUCUACACUGCUGAGCUGUGUCUGGAUGGGGGCGACCUCUUCUCGCUGCUGCACGCCUGCGAGGCGCUAGAGGAGUCCACUGCUUGCUUCUACACCGCCGAGCUGGUGCGUGCUCACUGGGAUGCAAGCAUUGGGUUGGAGUAUCUGCACUCCCUGUGGGAGCCUCUAAUGGCUUCACUCCGUGGGCUGGGGGUGGUGCAUCGGGACAUCAAGCCGGACAACCUGCUCAUAGCACAUGAUGGGCAUAUCAAGCUGACGGACUUCGGGCUGUCAAGGGUGGGCCUGAUCAACAGUGCCGGGGACCUCUCCACCAAUCAGCAGCAGCCCAUCCCCUCCCACCACGCCUCCGCGCCUUCCUCCCCUGGCAAGCUUCAACCGCAUUCAUUCAGCGUCAGCUCCGAAGGAGCAGCUCCCGACUUGCCUCUCUUGCCCCACUUACUGAGACUUUCAUCUCCACUCUCUCUUCCCCCCCUUCCCUUCUCCACCCCCCCUUCCCUUCUCCACUCUCUCUUCCCCCCCUUCCCUUCUCCACCCCCCCUUCCCUUCUCCACUCUCUCUUCCCCCCCUUCCCUUCUCCACCCCCCCCUUCCCUUCUCCACUCUCUCUUCCCCCCCUUCCCUUCUCCACUCUCUCUUCCCCCCCUUCCCUUCUCCACCCCCCCUUCCCUUCUCCACUCUCUCUUCCCCCCCUUCCCUUCUCCACCCCCCCUUCCCUUCUCCACUCUCUCUUCCCCCCCUUCCCUUCUCCACUCUCUCUUCCCCCCCUUCCCUUCUCCACUCUCUCUUCCCCCCCUUCCCUUCUCCACCCCCCCUUCCCUUCUCCACUCUCUCUUCCCCCCCUUCCCUUCUCCACCCCCCCUUCCCUUCUCCACUCUCUCUUCCCCCCCUUCCCUUCUCCACUCUCUCUUCCCCCCCUUCCCUUCUCCACCCCCCCUUCCCUUCUCCACUCUCUCUUCCCCCCCUUCCCUUCUCCACCCCCCCUUCCCUUCUCCACUCUCUCUUCCCCCCCUUCCCUUCUCCACUCUCUCUUCCCCCCCUUCCCUUCUCCACUCUCUCUUCCCCCCCUUCCUUUCUCCACUCUCUCUUCCCCCCCUUCCUUUCUCCACUCUCUCUUCCCCCCCUUCCCUUCUCCACUCUCUCUUCCCCCCUUUCCCUUCUCCACUCUCUCUUCCCCCCCUUCCCCCGCUCCCCACGCACAGGCAAGCUUUUCCCGCAUUCAUUCAGCGUCAGUUCUGAAGGAGCAGCAGCAGACUCACCACUCUGGACCGCAUCCAGCCUGCAGGAAUUCCCCUCGCCCCGCUCCGGCCCUCCCUCCACUCUCUCUGGUCAACACUCCAACCCUGCCUCUGGAUACUCCUCUCCCAUGCAUGCACCUGGAUAUGCCUCCCCCCUGCAUGCUUCUGCCUGCUCUUCCCCUCUGCAUCCUUCCGGGUUGGGGGGUGGGGGAGGGGGUGGAGGAGGAGGGGGAGGGGGGUCGUUUUGUUCCUCGCCCUCGCAUUUUGCAGGGGUAGGGGGUGGGGGGGGAGGCGGGGGGGGAGGAGGAGGGGGGAUGCACUGCUCGUCUCCGUCUCAGAUCAUCACACAGCGGUGGCAGCAGCAGGCUCAGCACGCCUCCCUGCUGAGACGCCUGGCAGGGGCGAGCGAGGGGAAUGGGGGGAGCAGCCCGGCAGCGGACCAGUGGUCAGUGGGAGUGCUGCUGUACGAGCUGCUGGUGGGGAUCCUGCCUUGUUUGGAGGAGAUCGUUUGCUGUCCCACUUGCGUCUGUCCGUGCUGCGUGCCCCUUGGUGGCCCCUCUCUGUAUUUAUCUCUCCGCAUUCUUCCGUGCCCAGCAGCGGACUGGUGGUCAGUGGGAGUGCUGCUGUAUGAGCUGCUGGUGGGAAUUCCGCCCUUCAACGCCCCCUCUCCUCAGCAAAUCUUUGACAACAUAUUGAACCGCGACAUCACAUGGCCGGCUGUGCCAGGAGACAUGUCAUACGAGGCGAAAGACCUUAUAGACAGGCUUCUCACUUUCGACCCGGAUGAGCGUCUAGGCGCCCAGGGAGCAGACGAGAUCAAGAGGCAUCCCUUCUUUCGCGACAUUGACUGGGACACCCUCUCCUCUGAAAAGCCCCCUUUCAUUCCCGAGCCGGAGAACGCACACGACACGAGCUACUUUGCAUGCCGCUACGGGGCAAACGCACUGGAAGGAGGGGAGGGCGUGGUGGGAGGGGCGGGGGGAGAUGCGCGCAGCAGCAACUACAGCAGCAGUGGCGGCAGCACGAGUGAUUCAGAGGACCUGGAGAUGGAAAGGCAUGAUGAGGCGGGUGACAUGCCGGCAUUCCAAUCCAACGCAGUUGACUUCUCAGGCUUCUCCUUCAAGAACCUCUCACAACUGGCUUUCAUCAACACGGAGAUUCUUGAAAGGCGGCAGAGCCCUCCCAAUGGGCCAGCAACCGAGUCUCCAUGA